GAUGACAUAUAUCGGAAAUAAAAAAAGAAAUCAGAUUGAAAUGGCACAAGAUGUGAUCAAGGCUGAAACUCAUUAUGUACGGCAUAAAUUAACAGUGGGAUUUUAUGCAUGGAUAAAGUGGAUCCAAAUGAAAAGAAAACAAGAAACCCUGGCAAUGGAGCAUAUACGCAAGGUCAACAAUCAACGUCAGGCCAGGCUCAUUUUAAGAGAGUGGCUUGCUGUGACAAAAGAGGCAAAAACUACCCGAGUGUACUUUGAGCGACUGGAGCGAGGGGAAUUGGAAAUCGAGAGUGACAUUUUAUUGGUAGCCCCAAAAGAUGAGAAAGAUCAUAUUUCCAACUUUCCUUGGGCAAUAUCACUGAAGAUUUUUGGUUAUCUUGGUGUUAGGGAGCUCAUAAGAUGUGCACAAGUUUGUCAGUCCUGGAAGGUGAUUACACAGUCAAGUUCCCUCUGGAGCAAGAUUGACUUUUAUCCAGUAAAACAUCUGAUUAAAGACGAUGAUGCAGCAAAUAUUUUGCGGAGUUACCGUUCUAGUGUCGUUCAUUUGAGUCUCCGGGGAUGCAACAACAUCGGUCGGGCCACCUUCAAAGGAAUUACUGGCUGUCGUAAUUUGCAAGACCUAAAUUUAUCUGAAUGUGAAAAAGUAACUGAUGAAUUUGUGUCUGCAAUGGUGGAAAUAUGCAAAUCGCUUAUGUACCUGAACAUAUCUUACACUAGUAUUGGUGAUGCUACACUUAGGUCAUUAUCAAAAUUUGGUCUGAAUCUGCAAUAUCUGAGCCUGGCAUAUGCAAAGAAAUACACAAAUAAAGGUUUGAAUUACCUUGCCACGGGGAAGGGCUGCCACAGGCUUGUCUAUCUGGACAUUUCAGGCUGCACUGAGAUCUCAGUGAGAGGUUUUAAGUCAUUAGGAAUUGGCUGCAAUGAAAUUGAGCACCUUGUAAUCAAUGAUAUGGCUACACUUACCACUACCUGCAUCGUAGCAAUGGCUGGUUACUAUUCUAAUCUCACAACAGUUUCACUUCUUGCCUCGCCACACAUAUCUGAUUCAGCUGUUAGAGCACUUUCCCAAGGAAACAAGCUUACCGUAUUUAAAACUGAAGGUAAUAAACGUUUAACUGAUAUAAGCUUCAAAACGUUCGGCACCAGUUGUCCAAAUUUGAAACACAUCUAUGUGUCAGACUGUCCAAAGAUAACUGACAACAGCUUGAAAUUCAUAUCAUCACUGAAAGACAUCGUUGUGUUGAAUAUUUCAGACUGUAUAAGUAUCACUGAUUUAGGUGUACGAACCUUUUUGGAAGGACAAUCAGGUUCAAAGCUAAGAGAACUGAAUCUCAGCAACUGCAUCUUAAUUACUGAUUUAACAAUACUGAAAAUCGUACAGAGGUGUUCCAGUUUAAGUCAUCUGAGAAUUCGUUUCUGUGUACACUUAACUGAUAAUGGGAUGGAAUGGCUCGGAAACUUGCUUGCUAUAACCCACAUUGACCUGACAGGAACCAGUGUACAUGAACAGGGUAUGUCGGGUCUUUCUAACAAUCAUAAGAUAAGGGAGCUCACAGUGGCACACUGCUCAGGAAUCACUGAUAAUGGAUUGCAGAAAUUCUACCAUAAGAUGGCAAAUCUGGAAUACUUGGAUGUCUCCCAUUGCCUCUCAGUGACUGAUCAAAGUGUAAAGACGCUGGCUUUCUGCUGCAGAAGGCUCAUUUCAUUAAAUAUCUCUGGAUGUCCAAAGAUUACUGACUUAAGUAUGCAAUAUCUGUCUGGAGUUUGCCAUUAUAUUUAUUUCCUGGACAUCUCAGGUUGUGUCAGGCUUACUGAUUCAGCAUUUACGUUCCUAAGGAAAGGCUGCAAACAGCUACGUGUCCUCAAGAUGCUAUAUUGCACAAAGAUCACAAAGCAAACUGUCAAAGCAGCAAUAAAUGUUGAGCAUGUGGAAUAUAAUGAUGACAAUCCUCCUAUGUGGUUCGGAUAUGAUGAUAAAGGAAACUACCUUGCCCCCAAAAAGGAGGAAGAGGAAAAAAUGUAA